AUGCCUUUUGUUAAAAUAUCAGUCCAUGACUCGACUAUUCCACCUCCACCGGCUGUGCCUUGGUUCUUCUAUAACUCAGCUUCCCAGAUCGAUGAUCCUGCCUUUACUCUCCCAAGCCCAGCAGGCCCCACAACUGCUGCAGGAGCAUUGACUUCAGAAGCUUUUGGCUCGCUUUCAAACAACCCAAAUAGACCAUCACUUGCUGGUCCUCCUGUGGCUACUGCUGCUGCCGCUGCUGCCGCUGCUGCCGCUGCUGCCGCCGCUGCUGCUGCAACCAACUCCUCAAGUGUAGUUGCAAAUGCUGCUGCCACCGCCGCUGCGGCUGCUGCGGCUGCUACAAGUUCUUCUUCCUCUUCCUCUUCCUCUUCUUCCUCUUCUAAUAAUAAUUCUCGAAUACCAACACCAGGACCAAAUUCAGGACCCAAAGGUUUCAGUUCCUGGGAAGAAGCCAAAGAUAAUGCAGAAAAGAUUCUCAAAGAACUUGAAGAAGAAGAGAAAACUCACCAUGAAAAAGACAAAAACUCGCAUCAUCAUCAUCAUCAUCAUCAUCACAACGCUACCAUUGAUACUGACACAGACACAACUGCAAAAUCUCCGCCACCAAAAAAAAGAUGUUCGGUUUCUUUGGAUCCCCCAGUUUAUGCAACGGUUUCCUUUUCAGGUGCGCUGGUACCCACCUCUGCGGCGUGGUCUGCAUUUAAUCCAAACAAUAAUCAAGAGCUUGAGGUAGCUUACCAAAAUUAUCACAAAAGAGUAAAUGGUGACACUUCCAAGGAGCAAGAAAAAAAUCAAAAGAAUGACUGUGACUGUACAGACGAUGAAGAAGAUGCAGAAGAUGAGGAUAAUGAAGAAAACGACGAAGAAAAUGAAGUCCUGGUAGGUAUUCGACGUCUUUUUUGCGUCAAUGUUAGAAAGGAAACCAUGAAGCCUGUUUAUUGGAAACCUAUACGUGACAUUUCUCAUGUUAUGCGUUCCGAAUGGUACUUUUCAUCUACUCUGACACCAGUCGAACCUUCUCUUGAAGCAGCUGUAGUAAAGGCAUUCUAUCAAGUCAGACCAUGGACUAAUGAAUAUGUCUCCGAACUACAAACUGCUAUUCAAGUCCCAGAAUCAGCCUCGAAAAUUAAAAUUCCUAUUACUUAUACAUUGACCCCAGAAAAGCCUGAACAGCCUGCAGUCACUUAUAACGCAUUUGUUGUUUUUGCACCUUGUAACGCUGCUAAGGAAGAUACACCACCAGUGACUCCAGAUGAACCAGUGGAUCCUCUAUUUACUAAUGAAACAACUGAAGAAACAUCAGAUCCCGCUCCUGAAUCAGAAUCUAAACCUGAGUCUAAGUCAGAACCUGAGCUUGAACCUAAGCCUAAGCAUACAAUUGUAUGUACACCUAAAGAAUAUCCAGUGGCUUACAUAUUUGGACCACAGCUCGGCACUACUUCUAUGAACCCUCUAUCUUAUUUAAUUUCACCUACAAAUUACCAACUAGUUUCCUGUUUGCUUUCUGGUAAAACUCCAGUAGGAACUUUGGCCAUUCUUCAACGUCAUUUUGACUGGUCAGACUGGAAAAAGGUUCGCAACCUUCCUGAUCGUGGGUCUGAUAAUCUUGGGUUUGUCCCACCUCCUAUAACAGAUGUUAUCUUUGUCAUUCAUGGUAUUGGCCAAAAAUUGUCUGAACGCUUGGAAAGUUUUAACUUUACUUAUGCCAUUAAUCGUUUCAAUAUUUUGAUUGCUGAGCAAUUAGAAUCGCCAAAUGUUAAGCAGUAUAUUGAAGAAAAUACUACAAUCAUUGCUCUUCCCAUUAAUUGGCGGAAAACUUUGGAUUUUGAUGCAAUUAAGAAUGUGAGUCAAGAUCAAGAUACUGGAAAGGUUCUCUUCACACUUAGUCAAAUCACGUUGAGAUCUAUCCCUGCCAUCCGCAAUAUUAUUUCCGACGUCAUGCUUGACAUUCCCUACUACAUGUCGCAUUAUAAAAAUCUUUUGAUUGAAGCAACAGCUGGGGAAGCUAAUAGAAUUUACCGAUUGUUGGUUAAAAACAAUCCUGGUUUUGAGGAAAAAGGAAAAGUUCACAUUAUUGGACACUCUUUAGGGAGUGUUUUGGCUCUUGAUAUUUUAUCGUACCAACCUAAUAAGGUAAAUAAAGCAGCUGCUCUUUCUGACCCUUCUACUAUGCCAAAGUCCCAGUUUUGCUUCGACACUACAAACUUGUUUUUUGCAGGGAGUCCUGUCGGAUUUUUCCUUUUGUUGGAAAAUUCAAGUCUUGUUCCUCGAAAACUUUAUGAAGAAGAAGUCAAGAAAGAACGCUUUGAAAGAUACCUGCGCUCAAAGUCUACAAUGGAACUUUACAAUGAAAAACUUAUUCUCUCGGAUCCCACAAAGGAAACUAUUGAUACCGAUCAUCAAGAAGAAGAUAUUGCUGAUCAGGGUUCUGGUAACUCUAAGUCUAUUUUUCAAAAUCCGUCAUUAAAUGCAUCUGCUUCAAAUUUAUUUCCUCCAAAAUAUCCAUAUGGUUGCAUGAGCAUUCAGCGACUUUACAAUGUUAUGCAUUAUUCAGACCCCAUAUCCUAUUGUUUGAACCCAACUGUGGACCCUGAACUUGCUGAAAGUAUUGAACAAGCAGUCUUGCCAACAGAAAAGGAGUUUCCUUUGAAGAAGGCUCAUCACAAGCGUGGAGAUAAGUCUUCCACAAAAAAUGCUAGAACAGGGAGUUUUUUCGAAACAUGGAAAGUUAAACUUCCAGAACUAUUUUCUUCUUCUCCAACUGCUUCACCACGGGCCAAAAGACAGGAAUCUUUGGAUUUGACAUUGACUACAUCGCCAAACAAGGAUACUUUGGCUGUCAAGUCGGCAGAGACUGGGACAAGCUCAGAUGAGCAGGGCCCCUUGGCUUCUCCAGUAGUUGAAGAAACUCGAACCUGGAGUGGUCGUUCGUUUAUGAGCAAGAUAUUACGUUCUCGUGAAUCUCGUGGACGCUCAGAUUCUGUAUCAUCAAUCAGCUCAGUUGACUCUACCCGCAGUACUAAAAGCGUUGUUAUUACAUCGAAUUCCCAAAAUAUUGAAUCUGAAACUACAUCCACAACUACUCUGACAUCCUCUCAAAGAAUGAGCCGCGUUACAUCACUGAAUUCUGAAAGCGUUGCAGUUUCCGAAUCUGAAUCUGAAGCUGGUGAAACAGAAAAUAUUUCUCUUAGAAAGCAACUCCUUAUGCCUAAAUAUGGAGUCAACAGCACUAAUUUAAAUGCAACUAAUGGAGCAAUGAUUACCAGAUCUAAUUCUUCUGCUUCUCUUGCAAAGCGCACCAAGCGAGAAAAAAUGUUUGGAGACUUAUUAACACCAUCUACGCCAGACUCUGGGACUCGCAGUCAGUCAAUUCCACCAGAAAUCUAUCGUAGCAGCGGUGGUAGUUCUAACACAUUUGAUAGUGAAGAUGUUGAUGGAGACGAUGAAGAUGACGACGAGUCUGAUGAUGAUGAUGAUGAUGAUGAUGAUGAUGAUACCUUGCAAGGUAAUGAGAACGUUACUGGAGAUGAACCCCCUCCCUUGAGUUACUCUGAGCGGAAGAUGGCGGAAAUGAAUGAUAAUGGACAAAUUGACUUUAUCAUUCCUUUAGUGGGGACUUUGGAAAACCAGUACCUGUCAAUGCUUAAAGCUCAUGGAGCUUAUUGGGACACAAGGGAUUUUGCCAGGUUGGUGGCCAUUGAAUGUGGCCGGCCCACUAACCGACCAGCUUUACGUCAAUUUAAAGCUAAAAAGAAACCUAAAGAAUAG